UGGGGACCGGGAGGGAAGGAAGGGCUGGGGGUGAGCAAAGGGGCGGGGCCCUGGCUGCUGUGGCCUCCCCUGACCCCCUCCCCCCGCUGCUGGGGUCCUCGGGCAAGCCCCCUUCUCACUGGACUGAGACAUGAGGCUGAGCUGGGUCCUGACAGUACUGUCCAUCUGCCUGAGCGCCCUGGCCACUGCUGCGGGGGCGGAGGGCAAACGGAAGCUGCAGAUCGGGGUCAAGAAGCGGGUGGACCACUGUCCUAUCAAAUCGCGCAAGGGGGACGUCCUGCACAUGCACUACACGGGGAAGCUGGAAGAUGGGACGGAAUUUGACAGCAGCCUGCCCCAGAACCAGCCCUUUGUCUUCUCCCUGGGCACAGGCCAGGUCAUCAAGGGCUGGGACCAGGGGCUGCUGGGGAUGUGUGAGGGAGAAAAACGGAAGCUGGUGAUCCCAUCAGAGUUGGGGUACGGAGAGCGGGGAGCUCCCCCAAAGAUUCCAGGCGGCGCAACCCUCGUGUUCGAGGUGGAGCUACUCAAAAUCGAGCGACGCUCAGAACUGUAGCAAAACCGGGAAGGGGCAGUGGAGAGGCCCCCAUCAGGGACCAGACUGCUUAAAAAAAAAAAAAAAAUACAAAAAACAAAACCCUUAAA